GCACCUUGUGCAUUGGCCUCUCCCGCCCCGCUGGGCUUGCCCAGAGCAUGACGAGUCCCGUGGUGGAGGACCUGCGCGCGGCGGCGUCCCAGCUCGGCGAAUCGGGCGUCUGGGACAGCUACUACGACUGCGUCGCGACGCGGCUCGGCUUUAGCGACUACGAGCCACACGAGCUGCUCGGCGCAGUCUACGAGGUGCUGCGGCCGGAGCACGGCGUCGCCGCGCUGUGUGCAGAGUCUGCCGUGAUGUUUGGCGCUCUCCUGCUCACCUUCUUGGGCGUCCACCUGACCCGGCCGAUGUCCUUCUUGCUGGGUGCGCUGAUCGGCAUCGGCGGCGCGCUGCUCCUCGACGACAUCUUCCUGCCGCGCGCCGCAGACUCGCGGAUGAGCUGCGAGACGCUCGAGUCGACGACGCUGCUCGCGGGGCUGCUGGUCGGCGUGGGGAUGCUCGCCUUCCGGAAGGGGCUGCACGUCGCGCUGGGGCUCCUCUUCGGGGAGGUCGCCGGGAACUCCGCGUACGGGCUGCUCGAGAUGCAGUCCUCGCCCGCGGGGGCCGAGGUGCAGCGCACCAUCCGGAUGCUGCUGGCGGUGGUCGGGGCGGUCGUGAUGCUGAUGGUCGGGGACACCUUCUGGCUGUACGUGUCGGCCGUCGUCGGCUCGUGGGUGGCGACGCGGAGCUACGUCGAGCUCUUCCUCGUCAACGAGGAGCCGCGCUACCAGGCCUUCCUCAGGCGCGCCCACCACCGCCCUCCGCCCCUCCUCCCGGCCCUCCGCCCUCCGCCUCCACUUGGACCUCCGCCGCCGCGCACGCGCAGGUACGAGCCCAACUUUGCGACCCUCGCCGGCCACCCCUACUCCUUCUUUGCCGACUUCAUCCACGACCCGUACCUGCGCAGCCCGAUGACGCUCUUCCUGCUGCUCGCCGUCGGCGGAGGGCUCACGCAGCGAGAGGUGUGGCAGAAGUUGCACCGGCGGAACGGGCCGCCGCCCGACCAGCAGGGCGGCACGGCGGCGGGCAAGCCGGCCGGCCUGGCCGGGGCGAAGCCGGCCGGUGGGUACGGGUACGAUCAGCUGCUGUGA